UCUCCCUCGUUAACCCCCUCUUUCACUUCUACUCCCACUCUCGUUGUGCUUCUCACCCCCCUAUCGCUAGCCGUCAACAUGGGCAUCACCCAGUCCCAGAUUCCCGAGGCCACCGCGCAGGACACGCUGGUGGAGAGGCUGCGUGCUCUGGAGAUGAAGCACGAAGCGAAGAUCGUGGACAAGGACUAUGUUUAUCUCGGCGAAGAUCCACCGCCGAGUUACACGCCGUACCAACAGGAUGUCUCCGUUGCGGAGCUAGAGCAGUGGGCGACCGAGCUUCUGCAAGACCCGAAGAACCGUCUCGCUGUUUCAGCCUUCACUACAAAUGCCGCGACCUCGAUCAUCUCCCAGCCCAGCGCUGCCGUCAAGGACCGCCAGGUGUUCAAUAUCAAGGUACCGUUUGAGGGUGCGCCGGUUACGAACCAGCGCGCGUCUGGACGAUGCUGGCUCUUUGCGUCUACAAACGUCUUCCGGGUCGCCAUUAUGAAGAAGUACAGGCUUAGCAAGUUCGAGCUGAGCCAGGCGUACCUCUUCUACUGGGACAAGAUUGAGAAGGCGAACUACUUUUUGGAAAGUAUCUUGGACACGGUGAACGAGCCUCUUGAUGGCCGUCUCCUGCAGACGCUGUUGGCCAGCCCGGUCGGAGACGGCGGACAGUGGGACAUGGUUGCCAAUCUCGUAGAGAAGUACGGGCUGGUCCCGCAAGCGCUAUACCCAGAUUCCUUCAACGCCAUGAACAGCUCUUUGAUGGACCGCCUGAUCACCACCCGGCUCCGCGAGCAUGCCUUGAAGCUCCGCAAACUGGCAUCCAACAAGUCACCCAGCACGAUGUCCUCGCUGGCUGGAGCAAAAGACAAGAUGAUGCGGGAAAUCCACCUGAUUUUGACUCUAAUGCUCGGGCCCCCUCCCUCACCCACAAAGGCCUUCACGUGGGAGUACUACGACAAAGACGGUAACUUCCACACGAUAAUCACGCGCCCCACGGCCUUUGCAAAGGAGCUCUCAGACAACCGCACCGUGCGCGCCUGCGGCGGAACCGACGUGCACCGCCUCUUCAGCUUGGUCAACGACCCACGCAACGAGUACAACACCCGUCUUUCGGUCUCGCGCCUGGGCAACGUGUGGGGCGGGCGACCCAUCAACUACGUCAACGUCUCAAUGGACACCAUGAAGCCCGCGGUCAUCGAGAUGCUGAAGCGCGGCUUCCCGGUCUUCUUCGGCUGCGACGUAGGCAAGUUCUCGGACUCGAAGAAAGGCAUCAUGGACACCGCGCUGUUUGACUACGAGCUGGGGUUCAAUGUCAAGCUGGGCUUGAGCAAGGCGGAGCGCCUGAUGGUUGGCGAGAGCGCCAUGACGCACGCGAUGGUGCUGACGGCCGUGCAUGUGGACGAGGGAGGGAAGCCGGUGCGCUGGCGCGUGCAGAACAGUUGGUCUGACACUGCAGGCGACGAGGGGUACUUUGUCAUGAGCGAUGAGUGGAUGGACGAGUUUGUCUAUCAGGCUGUUGUGGAUUUGAGCGUCGUGCCGAAGGAGGUUCGGAAGGUGCUGGAGCAGGAGCCGCGCAUGCUGGAGUUGUGGGAUCCUAUGGGCGCACUUGCUUGAGAGAAGCGACGGUAACGAUGGAUGCUGGGUACUUGGGAGGUUUUCGGGUUAUGUGGGCGUUUGGUUGGGGAUUAUCUGUGGAGAUGGGCUGGUGUUGCUGAUGUGGCAUUCGCGAAUGCUGAGGCGGGAAUGUUGGAUGUUUUUGGGGUUUAGAGUAGAAUGUAUUGUUUUCUACAUUGCGGACUCUGGGUGCGUUGCUGUGGGUGAAGUGGGAUUGUGGAGAUAGGUAGUGUCGAUCUGUGAGAUCGGCUGGGAGUGGGUUGUUGAUAUGUUUGAUGUUUGAUGUGGAGUUUUGCGUGGUGCGGGGAAUUGGUGGGGGAAACGGUCGUCUAUGCUAGCAUUCUUGAGCUGCGGCUUGUGGGACUUUUCACAAUGAC